ACAGAAAACCUGUGUCGCUAUCUAUAAUCUAUACAUACAGCAUUUAUAUGUAUCGGUGGUGGUUGGAGGUGGUGAACCUCUAACUUGAGAAAUUGAUCCACUUCGGUUGGGGUUUUGAUUACACCCAAUUUCAAUAGCAAACGACGAAAUGCCGAUGCCUCGCUAUGAAAUUCGGAAUGAGUACAGUUUGGCCGAUCCGGAGCUCUAUCGAGCUGCCGAUAAGGAUGAUCCGGAGGCCUUGCUUGAAGGCGUCGCCAUGGCCGGCUUGGUCGGACUUCUUCGCCAGCUCGGCGACCUAGCUGAGUUUGCUGCUGAGAUAUUCCAUAAUCUACACGGGGAUGUGAUGGCAACUGCUUCAAGGGGACACGCAUUAGCAUUUCGAGUUCAACAGCUCGAUACAGAGAUUCCUGGUAUUGAGAGAGCAUUUCUCUCCCAGACAGAUCAUUCUUCCUUCUUUUACCAUCCUGGUGUUGAUUGGCACCCUAAUCUACAACUCGACAAUAAUCUAGUUACACGAGGAGAUAUGCCUCGGUUUAUAAUGGACUCCUAUGAAGAAUGCAGAGAGCCUCCUCGCCUUUUCCUUUUAGACAAGUUUGACAUUGCGGGUGCUGGAGCAUGUCUCAAACGUUAUACCGAUCCUUCUUUUUUCAAAGUAGAAACCUCUGAAAUUACUGGUGCUGAUAUCCAAAGGGAGAAGAAGAUCCGCAAAGCAAAGAAGAAAGGGCCACGCUUGAGAAACAGAGAAACCCAUGAAGUUGUACCAACAUCACAUGCCAAACUCCAUCAGCUUUUCCUGGAGGAGCGCGUUGAAAAUGGCAUUAGCACUGCUUCUCACUGUGCAAAAUUAAAGAGGAGACUGAAUGGAUUUCCAUUUAAUUCAAAAGCUGGGAAGAGCUACAUGGAGAAAAUACUAAGUUCUCCAUCGCCAGAUCAUAAAGUGCUUCAUGACAUGACCGUGGACUCACCACGGCUGAAGUUGGCUACAGAUGACCAUAGGGAUUCUGCUUCUCAAAGAUUUGAAGUCCUGAGUCCCUACCGAGAGAGAGGAGGGAGAAAAAGAAGUACUCCUUCAUCUCCAGAUAGAGAGGGUGCUGUUCAGAAUCAUCCCACACAUGAGUCAGAUGAAUUUCCGGUACAUGAUGAAAUCUGUGAACUACCAAAUUCGCAUCCUAGUAUUGCAACAAAUGGCCUCUCAUCUGCUCUUAAUAAGGUGACUGGUGAAAGGGUUGUAGCUGUUGAUGCAGAAAGCAAUGGAGGACGCUUAAUUGGUUACGAAUCUGAGGAUAUGGCGAGUGAGAUAGAUAAUUUUGUGGAUGCACCUUUAACCAUGGAGUCAGAAAUGGAUAGGGAUUCCGAAUUGAGAAUGAGGAGGGAUAACACCUCACCUAUACAAAUGGAAUCACUCAUUAUGGAUACAUUUGAAGAACCUCUUCAUUCAAGGUCCUCUGAUUCUCAGUCUAUUGGAGACUCAACGAUGUCUGAUGUGGGGAACAACUCAUCCACAAAAGAAAUAUCUAGUUUCUCUUCACAUUCUCCAAGCGUUUCAGCUGAAACGCCACAACCAGAAAGCUCUGCCACUAAAGGAUCUCUGUGCACUGAUAUCUGUGUAAAUGAGAUUGUUGGUGCAUCCUCUUACCAGGAAACUUCUGAUGAAGUAUUUCCAGUGGAUGGCAACUCAAAACCUGAGGUUUCUGAUGAUACACACACCAAUCGCAGGUCUGGGUCCAAGCAUGUCUCUUCUAGCAGUGAUGAAUUUGUGAGAAAAUAUAUGUUAAAUCCACCUGAGCCAGAAAAGGUCUCUACCCUGGAUAACGAAGAAGAGAAGACAGACCCAAGCAUAGGUCCAUCAUGUGUGAUUUCUGAUGGUAGACGCACUGACAUCGAUACGAUCACCUGCCAAAGCUCUGAGUUUAAGCAGGUGACUUCUACUUUGAACGGACCAAUGUCUACCUUGGAGCUUUCUAAUCCAGAAUUUGUGGGCAAUCGUAACUUAGAGCCAGAUGAGAUGGUCUUUGUGACAAAUGACGAAGAAAGGAUGAUAAAUCAAGAUUGCAGUCAGAAGAUGAUUCAUCAAGAUCAACCAUUUUCUCACCGUGCCUGCAUAUCUAGAUUGCCGUCAGAAGAUGAUUUAUCAAGAUCCUCUGGCGGGGAAGAAAUGGUUGAUGAACUGAAUGGUGAGGAUGAUAUUUAUCAUCACACUGAUAGUUUAGUUCAAACAUCCUCCAAUUUCCUGCAUGAGGAUGAAUGCAAUGGGGAGGAUAGGGAGCUGGCAGCUGAUGCAUCUUGGACAAUAAAUACACCUCAUAUUGUGGAUGAAAUUCAAGAUAAUUUUGAAGAGUUUCCAGAGGUGCCCAACUCUUCUGAUGCAGUACAUAAUGGAGACAAUAUUGAGCAUAAAGAAGAUAAUAUUAUUGCUGUUUGGGAUGAUGAGGAUGCAAAUGCUUCUACUGACUCUCGAAAGCAUUUCCCAUGUAUCAUGGAGGCAUCUCUAGAGAAGGGACUUGAAGAAACAUCACUGGCCGGUGCUGGCACUCUAACGCUUGAAAAUAAUCACUCGGAUAGUUCCACUGACGAUGAGAUUAGCUUGGAAAAUCUUAAAUCUUCACACCUAGCAAGUUCUCCUGAUAGUCUGAUGGAAGUUCUUGAUGCUCAUGAUGAAGGCAUUAUUGCUGAGGAAGAUACAGUCAUAAAUGAAACUCUUCUGACUGAAACUCCUGAACCUUUUGAAAUUGUGGGUUUGCAGGGCACAGAAAUAUUUUAUCAUGUUUCUCCCAAUUAUUCAGAAGCCCUAGAAGUAUCACAUUGCUCAUCAGAAGAUCUUGAAGAGCCUGCAGGAACAUCAGAUACCAAAGAAAUGGAUGGAUUCUCACUGUUAUCAGGUUCCAAUCCUCAAGAAAUUACUGAAAUUACAAGCUCUACUGAUAUUAAUCCAGUGAAUGGGAUUCAUGUGCCAUUUCAUAAUUCUGGUUCGGAUGCUUGUACAUCCCACACAACAGAUAUCACUUCUCCCAUUCCUGCAGUUUCUGACGAUGCAAGUCUCAGUAAGUUAGUGGAAGAGCAUGAUGGUCGCUUUGGAUAUUCUGGCAUACAUGAACUUGUGAAUGAAAAGAACUCUCCCUCUGAAUGGGAAGUAGAUCAUGUGGAGAAAUUGGGCCCAACAGAGGCUUCUGUUUUAGGUUCUGAAGCUAUCGUCUGCAACUCUGUCGAUAAUUUUCAUCCCGGAUCAGAACUUUCAGGUUUUGUUCAUAAUUCAAAUCUUGAUGUAGAAUGUGAUGAACAGUGUGGUCUAGAUAGAGAACAAGAACUAAUCAGCGAAAAUGGGCUUCAAAAUCAUGUUCUUGAUGCUCCAUUACUGCCCGUAGAUAAUGACAGUGAAGAAUUAGUUCAAGAUAAAGUUGGGUUACCUCCCUCUCACAUUGAUCUUGAUCAACAUCUGAUGUGUCUGGGCGAAAUAAGUCUGGAGUUGUCACCUUUGUCGUCUAUGAAUUACCUGCCAUUACUUGAUAAUGAUGAAGCCAGAGGAGAGAGCAAUUCGGUCUCUGCAAUUUCUCUUGCAAAUGGUUCAGCUCCAACUUCUAUAACAGAGCCCUCAAGAUUAAGUAACAACGAGAUAAAUGUCCAUGGAUAUCCAUUAGGUUCCAUUUCUUCUCCAAGUAAUCCUUUUCUGGAAGCUAAUAAGAUAAAUCUUUCUGACCUACCUCCACUGCCACCUCUCCCGCCAGUUCAGUGGAUGAUGGGAAAGCUUCAGCAUGGUUUUCCUUCUGCAGAUGAAGAGAUGAUAAGAGAUAAAGAAUCAUUCCCUCAAUCGCUCUCCCCAACAGCAUCCACUGAUGAUGUUGGUUCACCGCAAACAACAGAACCCACUCAUGAUAGUUCUUGCCCACCCACUGCAACCACCGAUGAUACUAUUUCUGUGUGUGCAGAGAUGAAAGACUCGUUGCCAGGGCUUACCACCAAUACCAUAGUAAAAGAUGAGAGUUGUGACAAUCGUUGUUCUAGGUCGGACUCCAAAACUUUGCAUGAGACAACCAGCCAUACCGAAAAAAUAGAAACCAAGCCACAGCUGUUAGCUACACCAGUUUCAGAGAGUGUAUCUGCAUCAGAAGCUGCAGAAGAUGGUGCUGAAAACGGGACCCAAAAGGUGAAAUUCUCUCGGCCUCGCAAUCCUCUUGUGGAUGAUGUUUCUUUCCUUGACAAGAGUAAACUACGAAAAGUCACAGAACGAGUCAGGCCCGAGAUACAGAAAGUAGAAGAAAGAGAUUCUCUCUUGGAGCAAAUAAGGACCAAGUCCUUCAACCUGAAACCUGCAAUGGCAUCAAGACCCAGUAUCCGGACUCGGGCUCCUGACACCAAUCUCAAAGUCGUCGCGAUUUUGGAAAAAGCGAAUGCAAUUCGCCAGGCCUUUGCCGGUAGCGAUGAGGACGACGAUGAUAGCUGGAGUGAAUGAUGCAAAAGAAUUAUCCAGGAGGGAAUAUUUCUCAAAACUGAUUAUUGCUUUAAAGAAACCGAGAUCCGAGAUCGGAGAUUCUUGUCUUCUGUCUUCUGAUUCAAAUUCAGGGUGACCAAAUAUAUUGAGCUUUUCCAUUCCAGAAGUGAUGUUUAAGGUUAUGUGUGUUCAUGAGUGGAGGUUGUAUACUAGUUUACACUUUACUUUUAUUGUAAAUGUUUGAGGGUAUAUAUUAGGAGAUAUACUAUAGAAAAUUAUUUAGUGUAAAAGCAAGACCUGUGUUCAGUUUUGUUCUUGUUGUAAACAGACGUUUUAAUACUUCUCUUCAGAAGAUUUAUUCUUGGACAAUAGUUUUAUAUGUAUAGGAGGUUUUUUUUGACUU